AGAUGUGACGUUGCACUGUUCGUUGAAUGGAUGAACCGAAACCCACAUGCUGAACAGUCUUUGCUGGACUUAACAAAGAUCGGACAUUAAUUUACGUGGAUUGUAAUUAUUAUGAUGGCCAAUUCAACCGUGGACACGACGACGCUUUGCCUGUUUGAUGUGGACGGGACUUUAACAGCAGCUCGGCAGAAAUCAACUCCUCAAAUGCAUCAGUUCUUGAGUGAACUGAGACAACGAGUGAGAGUGGGGGUUGUUGGCGGCUCAGAUUUGGACAAAAUCAAAGAGCAAUUGGGCGAUGAUGUGAUUGAAAGAGUCGAUUAUGUGUUUGCUGAAAAUGGUUUGGUAGCUUACAGAUUUGGGCAGCUACACUCAGUUCAGAAUAUACAGGCAUACCUUGGAGAGGAAAUUUUACAGGAUUUCAUCAAUUUCUGCCUGAAUUACCUUUCGAAGAUAAAACUGCCUAAGAAGAGGGGCACAUUUAUUGAAUUCCGUAACGGAAUGCUUAAUGUCUCUCCAAUUGGUCGAAGCUGUAGCCAACAGGAAAGAAUCGAAUUCUUUGAACUUGAUAAGAAGGAGAAGAUCAGAGAAAAGUUUGUCUCUGUUUUAAAAGAAGAAUUUGGUGGGAAAGGACUGGCUUUCUCCAUUGGAGGUCAGAUCAGCUUUGACGUGUUUCCGGAGGGCUGGGAUAAGCGGUACUGUCUGGGAAUUGUGGAGGAAGACUCGUACCAGACCAUCCAUUUCUUCGGAGACAAAACAAUGCCUGGAGGAAACGAUUAUGAAAUCUUUGUAGACCACAGAACGAUUGGCCACGUGGUUAAAUCACCUGAGGACACACUGAGGAUCUGCAAGGAGCUCUUCUUUAGUUAAAAGACCCUAACCAUGACCACUGCUCUCCAGACUACAAUAUCUGCGAACGAAGAACGUUUUACUUGGCAUACCCAAGCAUAUAUUCACUGUAUUUAAAUGACUGUACAUCACAUCCCUGACACAUGUAUGCAUGUGUAUGUGCUCAGUUUAUAUGGGACCAGGUACAUUAUGUACAGGAAGAACUUAUUGGUGCUAGUAUCAUUAUGUCUGAUUUUAUGUGCCUUUAAAUCAACUCUAAAAAAAAAUACUUUUAUGCUUCUCUUUUCUGUUAAGGUUACUUGCCAUAAACAGAAUGAUCACUUAACAAGAAGACAUAGAAACAUUAUUUGAUCAGAUUCUAUAUAUAUUUCUGUUAGCAGCAAUAGUGAUGGGUAGAGUUGAUGACAGGUGUGGGUUAGAUUUUAUAACUAAAAUUAAAGUCAAAGGUGCCACAUUUUAGGUCUAGUUUUGUUUAGAGUAUAAUAGAAUACACUAGGUCAAAGGGAUUUUACAAGGAGUAAUAGCCCUAUCUGCUUUGCAAUCAAGCUAAUCAGUUAUGAAUUUGGUUUGCAAUUUAUCAGUCUCACUUGAUUUGCUUAACAGCCCUAACAAGGCGCUGUGACAAAUAAAUUGUCCAACCUGAAAAUGAAGAUUCUGCGUGAAGCCACACAAUCAGAACAUAUGUUGGACCAGUUAGAUUUCAAUGUGGGCGGGGCCACCUGGCACUACAUCAGGUGACCAAUAAAAUGUUGUCACUCAUUGCUGUAACAAAGGACAAAGAAUGUGUACUAUCAAUAUACUGAAACAAAAAGGUGUAAAACCGGUUAAAGUUAUAAUACUGACCAGUCAGGAGUUUUUUAAAAAAAAAUUUAUUAGUAACAUUUGAAAAAAAUAAAUGCAAUUCUCAAUUUCCCUCAUUCUGCUGGAAGUCACUGAUAACCUACUUUGCUUAUUUUAUUUCAAUUAAUAAAUGCAUUUACUACACUGAUA